UAACUUCACACUUGUUUCUGUAUAGAACAUGUGCAAUAAUGUCACCUCAAAAGAGAGUUAAGGACUCUAAGGCACAAAAGAGGACUUCACAAGAUAGUGAUAGUUAUAAGACUAAUCUCUUGGCCUUGAAAGAAGAGGACCUAAAUGACUCAAAGUGCAGCUUAAAACAUGGACAAAACGAUCCAGUGAAAGAUUAUGGACAUGCUGAUGAUGAAGCAGAAGAUGCUCUGAAAAGAGCAGUGAGAUACUUUGAGAAAGGUCCUGUUGAAACUUCACGGAGUAGAGAUAAAACCUUGGAAAAACACUUGAAAACUGUGGAAAAUGUGGCUUGGAAGAGUGGCUUAGCUCCAGAAGGAAUUGACAUUCUACUAAAUGUGGCACUUAGUGGCAAAUUUGGAAAUGUUGUAAACACUCGGAUAUUGAAGUGCAUGAUUCCAACAACUCUAAUAUCAGAAGAUUCUGUGGUUAAGGCAGUCUCCUGGCUUUGUGUUGGCAAGUGUUCUGGUAGCACCAAGGUACUUUUUUAUCGUUGGCUGGUUGCUAUGUUUGACUUCAUUGAUCACAAGGAGCAAAUUAACUUACUCUAUGGCUUCUUUUUUGCCUCAUUGGAAGAUGAUGCACUGUGCCCUUAUGUGUGCCAUUUGCUGUAUUUACUUACCAGAAAAGGGAAUGUCAAACCAUUUCGUGUGAGAAAACUGCUUGGUCUUCAGGCCAAAAUGGGAAUGCAGCCUCACCUCCAGGCUUUGUUAUCGCUGUAUAAGUUCUUUGCUCCUACUUUGAUUUCUGUAUCUUUGCCUGCAAGGAAAAAGAUUUAUUUUAGGAAUUCAGAGAAUCUGUGGGAGACAGCUCUACUUGCUGUGAGGCAAAGGAUUCAGGGACCCCCUCCUGAACCUGUAAAAUUAAUGUUAGGUCCAGCUAAUGUCCAUCCUGUAAAAAGAAAAUGGAAUUCUUACUCAGUUAUACCCAUGCUGAAUUCUAGUAGCUGCAGUAAAGAAUGUGGGAAAAAAGGGAUGGCUCUUUCUGAUUAUCUCCGUAGUAAUGGAUCAUUUCCACUAGAACAGCUUAAAAGCUUCCCUCAACUCUUAAAGAACAUCCAUUGCUUAGAGCUGCCUUCUCAGAUGGGUGCAGUGUUGAACAACUCUCUGCUGCUUCACUAUAUUAACGUUGUCAAAGACGAGUCCAUCUUACUGAGAAUCUAUCACUGGUUGAGUCAAACAUUACAGGAAGAGUGUAUUUGGUAUAAGGUGAAUAAUUAUGAACAUGGAAAAGAAUUUGCCAACUUACUGGACACUAUCAUCAGGGCAGAGUACUUCUUACAAGAGGGGUUCUAUUCCUGUGAAACAUUCCUGUAUAAGAGCCUUCCUCUCUGGGAUGGCCUCUGUUGUCGAUCACAGUUCCUUCAGCUUGUGAGCUGGAUUCCUUUUAGUAGCUUCUCUGAGGUGAAACCACUUCUUUUUGACCAUCUAGCACAGCUCUUCUUUAUAUCAACCAUUUAUUUCAAGUGUAGUGUUCUCCAGAGUCUGAAAGAACUAUUGCAGAAUUGGCUGUUGUGGCUUUCUACGGACAUCCACAUGAAACCUGUGAUGGACAGUCCUCUGGAUACCACUUUAGGUGGAUCCGUGAACACUGUGUCUGAACUGAUUGACUACGUAGGGUGGCUGUCCACUACUGCAAUGCGCUUGGAAAGCAACAAUACUUUCUUACUGCACUUUAUUUUGGAUUUCUAUGAGAAGGUAUGUGACAUAUAUGUAAAUUAUAACCUUCCACUAGUGGUAUUGUUUCCUCCGGGGAUCUUCUAUCCUGCUCUCCUCAGCCUAGAUUCCAGUAUCCUGAACCAGCUGUGUUAUAUCAUGGACAGGUAUCGUAAAAAUUUGACUGCUGCAAAGAAAAAUGAGUUGCUACAAAAGACAAAAUCAGAGUUCAAUUUCAGCACCAAGACCUAUAGAGAAUUUAAUCACUAUUUGACAGUGAUGGUUGGUUGCCUGUGGACGUCCAAACCUUUCCAGAAAGGAUUGUAUAUUGACCAUGAAGUCAUAGAAAAAGCUGGAGUAGCAGAGUAUAAAAGCAGUUUAAAUUUAGUUCAUCACCCAGCUCUAUUGAGUUAUACAGUUUCCUUUCUGCUCCAGGAAUGGCCAGAAGAAAGGAGAGUAAACAUGAGCUCUGUUCGGGGAAAGAAAUGGAACUGGUAUUUGGACUAUUUAUUUUCAGAGGGGUUACAAGGCUUGAAACUUUUCAUAAGGAGUAGUAUUCAUCGUUCUUCUACCCCCCUGACCAGAGAGCAUAAACCACAUCAUCAACAUUAAAUGAGUUUUGACUGAAACAAACUGACCAUACCGGACUAAAUUCUUUUUCUUGUUGCUAGAGAGGCCAAGUGGCUCAACUUGAGUUGCCAUAAUCUGUUCACCAACAGACUGCCAUCCUCGGAGCACUGGGACUGGCCUUCUGUGCAUGGCUCAGGAGAGCCUCAGUGUGGCUAAAUUUAUUUUUCAAGAUCUAGAUUCUUUAGCCCACUAGUGAAAACUGACUUCAUCAUCAGGCUCAGCCUUCCACCAGAUUAUACAUAAAGAGAUUCAUCUAUUAGGUGGUGGAAUUUUUCACAUUCUUGUGGACUCUAAGUUGCAUCAGUGGAAGAGAGCAGAUAACAUAUAGUGGCAGUUAAGCCACAGACAUACUCGUGCAAAAAGCCCUGCCGCUUCUGAAACCUCUGGGGAUAUUGCCAUUUUCCUUAUUGUGAACAACAAUGUCAGCAUCAAGUUAACAGGAUACAUUUCUAAUGCUUAAAGCCAGCUCUAGCUAAUUGGUAGCUUCCUGGGCCUUCACUGGUAGCAAUUUGAUGAGAGAAGGAAGGGGAGAGGAUUGUGGGAUAAUCUAAAAUGUUCCCAUUUAUUCCACUUUGAUUUCAUAAAACUGUACUAUUUUGUGUAUGUGUAUAUAUGUAUAUGUUACAUGUCCCAUUUUUACAUGUUCAGGCUCAUUUAAAUAAACCGAGACUUUAUUUUGGGGGAUCAUUCUGAAGCUUUUAAAAAAUUUUAUCAUAGCUAGAAUAUUUUGCUGAAAAUUAAAAUUCACUGCUACUGAGUAACUCUUCUCCUUUUAAUAAAAUUCAUGUCAUUUGAGAGAAAUUAAGCUGAGUUUACUUUUGGUCUUAAGGGCACAUUCUUGUGGCUUUUGUUUUUCCUCUAAAGCAAAAUAAAACUAUAUU